UACAGAAAAAAAAAGAAUCAUUUUCGCUUUUAUAAAUUAUGAAACUGUGAGAGAGCUUAUGGUCAAUUCUACCUUUAUGAACAAAAAUUGUAAUGAAAAGCUAUAUUAGAAACGCAUCAAAAGACUUCUUAGGAUUUCAGAAGUCUUUCUUAAAACUUCUAUAUCACUAAGAUGAUUAGGUCUUGAUUUUUUAUUGAAUGUCUUUUUUCUCUAUCGUAAUUAGAAAUAUUGAUGAAUGGUUAAUAUCUUUUGAACAAUGUACUAAUCGUCUUUUAACUAAAACAAAAUCUCAAAUUGAUUUAUAUAAUUUAAUAAAUCAUUUAUUCAAAUAUUUUACUAUAUUUACUACGAAUUCAAUAAAUCUGUUAAAAACUCUUAUACAAUUUUUUGUAUGUCAACAAUCAAUUGAUCAAAAACAUUUAUCAAAAUUAUUUGCAAAUAUUCUUAAACAUAAAAAUUUUCUUGAACAACUUUCAUCAUUAUCAAAUUGUUCAAUGUUAGUUGAUAUACUUUGUUUAUUUGUUUCAAAUUAUGAUUCAAAUCAAUCAUCAAUAAUAAUUGAUUGUUCAAAACAUUUUCCUAUGUUAUUAUCAAUAUAUAAUCCAACAUUAUCUAAAAAUAAUCAACAUACAUUAGCUUGUAUGUAUACAUAUGAAAAAUAUGGUUAUUCAAUGAAAUCAGCUUUUAUUUGGGGUGAAGCAGCAUUAAAAUUAUAUAGUACAACAACAGAUACAAAAAAUAUUUUAUUACAAACAUCAAAAUUAGAACAAAUAAUGAAUUUAUUAGAUGAUAAAAUGAUGAUUAAAUCGAUUUUAUUUUAUCCAGUUAAAAGAAGAUUACGAAUAAUUGAACCACAAAUAUAUGAAGAAGGUGAUCAAAUUUAUGAUCCAGUUUAUUUAAUACCUGUCUUUUAUCAUUCACUUGGUCCAGGUAAAAUGAUCAAAAAAAUUUGA